AUGAAAUUUUACCCAAACCCAAACAAGGUGCUGAGUCUGCUGAGAAGAGCUCGCAGCGCAGUUGGGGUAGCAGCAGCAGCCUCGUUUUCGUCAUUGCCUUCGUCUUCGUCAUUCCCUUCGUCUUCGGCCUACACGUCAGCGCCCAAACUAGCGUCAGCCAUGGGCGACCUUCAAACCCUAAAGACCAAGCUCUGCAUCAUCGGCAGCGACCCGGCGGCGCACACGGCGGCCAUUUACGCCGCUGGAGCGGAGCUGAAGCCGAUCCUAUUCGAGGGCUGGAUGGCCAACGACAUCGCCCCCGGAGGUCAGCUCACCACCACCACCGACGUCGAGAACUUCCCGGGCUUCCCCGAAGGAAUUAUGGGCGGCGAGCUCAUGGACCGCUGCCGGAACCAGUCUCUCCGUUUCGGCACUGAGAUCUUCACCGAAACGGUCAACAAAGUCGACUUCUCCAGCACCCCCUUCAAGGUCUUCACCGAUUCAAAGACCGUGCUCGCCAAGAUUCAUUAG